AUGUCCUCCUCCAAGCAAGAUCCUCGCAGAGAAGAAGCUAUCGUGCCCUUCCAUCUUCCUCGUAGAAACGAAGAAGAAGAAGAUUGGUCUCACAUGUUGGCUACCUUGGUUUCAAUGGGCGGCAUCAUGACCAGAAACCGUUACAAGAUUAUUCCUUGGGUUGCUGCUUACUUUGGUCUCGUUGCUACAUUAAACACUAGAAAGACCUUGAAAUCAAAGGACUCUAUGGGCAACAGUGGCGCUUUACUUGCUGCCGUCGCUUUAUUCACAUACUACCUCAACUUUUACCUUGUUCACAAGAAGUCUAUGGAGGCAGUAGCCAACGGCGAAAUCAAUAUUGUUGGCAUUUAG